CACACGCAUACAGCCAUAUAUCUUUCUUGGUAUAUGUCAUGACGACGGUGCCGGCCAAGUCACACCAACCGAUGCACAAUUUCUCUCUCCCUUUCCUAAAAUGGGGCCAGAGAAGCCAUGCCAAUACCUACAACCGCUGCCGCCGGCUCCUAUCUGACGCCACCACCACCAACCCUCACCGCCGCUCAUCUCCUGCAACUGAUUCCGAGUCCGACCACAACAAUAAUGGAAAAUCUCUUUGCUCUCUUGACCGCAAGACUAAAGACAAGGGAACGACAGUCGACGACGAAAACGGAGGUGUAUUCCUGGAAAGAGAGAAUAACAGUAGCAAAGCAGCCGCUGACGGAGAGGUUAAGCCAUGGAAUCUGAGGCCGAGGAGGUCGGCGAUCUCUAAUGUUCCUAAUCAUAGGGUUCUGGCGGCGAGCAGUAUGAAAUCGCUGAGAGGUGUAGCGGCAGAGGAGGAGGAGGAGGAUAAUAAUAUGAAGAGGAAAUUGUGGAUCUCGUUAUCGAAGGAAGAGAUAGAGGAAGAUGUGUAUGCAUUCACCGGAUCAAAACCAGCUCGAAGGGCCAAGAAGAGGAACAAGACCGUACAGAAACAAGUUGACAAUCUAUUUCCUGGGCUUUACUUGGUUGGGAUUUCGGCAGAUUCUUAUCGAGUUUAGAAUGUUUCGGUGUUGAUGAUCAUACACUUGCACUUGUUGCAGAGGUAGAUAUCUUGUACAAAAGGAAUCAGUUGAUUAAGAAGAAAAUCUUGAAGGCAUAAUUAAAAUGGUGUGUUGUUGUUAGGGACUUAGUUUUUGGAUCUUUGAUUAUAAAGAUGUGGAAAUGACAUAUGAAUCCACUUGCAAAAGCUAUCUACUUCAUUCAGCCAUUUUUUAUGAUCAAUUCCUCUUCAAGAUUAUAAGUUGUUUACUUGUUUUAUGUAUACAAUGGUUGUGAACCUUACAAACUUAGUAGCAUAUUACAUACAUCCUCAAACAAACAUUGCUUUUGCAUCCUAAAUUCUAGUUUAUGAAAUAA